AUAUGAGUGAUGAAAAUUAAAAGUCCCAAACUUUAACUUCUCCUUACUUUUCAAGGAAGAGUCUUACUUAACAGAGGUUGUAUAGUGAUAUUAGGUAUUUAGAUUUUUUAACUAAAUUUUGCAUCAUAAAACCAGCAUGGUAAGCCUUCCUGAUCAAGAAGAACUUAGAAAUUAGCUGAAUGCCCAAAAGGGAUAGAAUAACAUUCUACAAGAGGAAAAUAAAAAAUUAAAUACAAGGUUAAAAUAACAAUAAGUAAAUAACUAGAAUUAAAAUAGAAUGACAUUAAAAUUUAUGAAGAUUUGAUUCAAAGAAUGGAAAAUAAUUUAAAUUUCAAUAUUUUAGCAACCUAGGGAGAUUAACCUUUUAAUAGAAUGACAAGAUAAAUUAAUUUUAUUAAAAAAAGCACCAAUUACGAAAAUAAAUAGGAGAUUGAUAAACUGACAUCUAAAAUCAACGAGCUUGCUGAAAUCAUAAAAGCAAGAAAUAUAAAUACAUUAUAAGUAAUUAUUUUCCAAUAUAUGAAAGAAUUAAAAUAAAGAAUUGCUGCAAUAGAAACAAGUUCAAAUUAGUAGGAUUUAGUAGCUAGAAGAGAUAGUUCAGGGAUAUUAAAAAUUUCAGAUAUAUAAGACAGUAGUUAAGCAACUACCUAAAUUAAAAAAGGACUAUGAAGAAGUCAAAAAUAAUUAAGAAGAAAUGAGUAGAAAAAAAUAAUAAAUCUUUUCAGAUCUGCUUGUUAUCGAAACAUCCAAUCGGUUAAUUCAAUAAUUAAGGCCUAACCCUUUAUAAAUAAUAGAAGUAACAUAAAUAACAAAAUAACGAAGCAGUAGUUAUAAAAUAAGUAAUGAGGAUUAAAUUGAAGCUAAAAGAGAUAUUAGAUCUAAUUCUAUUUUAAAAGAUAAUAAUGUUGCUAAAAGAAACCUUUAAUUAAUUAAAUCAAUUGAAGAUAAAUAUGUAAAAUUGAAACUAGCAAACCAAUAAUAAAAAAAGGAAAUGAUAAACCUUGAAAAAAAAUUAGCAACAUAAAUGCAACAAAAAGUCAAUGAAAAUAAGGAAUUUUCAAAUAAUGCUGAAAUGAAUAAAAAGACAAUAGAAAGUUUAACAAUCGAUGUUUAAAUGAAGAAUCAGUUGAUUGCUAACCUAAAAUAAAUGAUAUAAACUCAAGCUUCUUAAAUGAAUGAUUAUGUGCAACAAAUUGAUAAGUAAAAUUAGGAAAUGUAAAUAUUAAAAGAAAAAAUCACACAAGCAAAAUAAGAAAUGCUAGAUAAAAAUAAUGAAAUAGAAUAAUUAAAUAAAGUAAUAGAAUCGAAAGAGAAAAAUUUGGAUGUUAUUGAAAAGGAGCAAAUUAUUUUCAUACUUUAAAAUGAAUUAGACCAAAAGAAAAAUGAAGAGAAAGAAUAUAAUUAAAAAAUCUAAGAACUAACUCAAAAUUAUAAUUAAUUAAUUUAAAAUUAUGAUAUGUCAAAGUAGAAAAUAGCGUAAUAAGAUAAAGAAUUUAAAACAUAACAAAAUAAAUUGGUUGAAAUGGAAAUGGAUUUAGAUAUCCUAAAAUUUUAUGAUACGAAAAUAAAUUUAAAUGUCAAAAGUUAUAAUACAAAUCUAAGUUCAACGUUCUAGAUGUAAUUAAAGGAUAGUGUAGGUGACCUUUAUAUUAAGGCAGUUUAACAUGGAAUUCAGUAUUAAAUUAUUUAUAUCUUAGCAAAGGAUCACCUUAAGAUUGUUGCUUACUUGUGCCAUCUAAAAAUAUCAGAUAUGCUUCAUCUGAAUGGAAUAAAAAAUUAUAAGAAAUUUUUAUACCAAAUGAUUACAAUAACAAGACAAUAUAAGUAGAAUUUAGUUAGUCUAGAUGA